GAUUGGGGUAAAUUCCGCGGAUAGCGGCAGCCUUCAUGCAAAAAAGUGGUGAUCUGUGGGUGUAGUUUUCAGUCCGUCUGGUGCUUCGAAGAUAUGACUGAGUUCUUUCGCCGAGUGCUGUGAUUCUUUUUACCUUGGCCCCGUACAUUUUUAUGGUUCUUGAUGCUGCUUGAUGCGCAGUAAUGUGACCGCGCACAGUAAUGGCGCCGGUGUCGCGGAUGCUGUGUGUUUGCGGCGGUUGGAUGUUCGGUGUCGUAAUUGGUUAAGUUCCAAGCUAUGGUUGAAAAGUUUUGAAGUUAGGCACUGAUCAACAAGAGUUCAAGGGAAUGGCUGGCUCCGAGGACCUGAGCAAGCCACGCUUGAAGAAGCAUGCCCAGCAUACAGGCCAGUAUACAGGCACCAGUCAGAUCAAGAGAUGCUCAGUGGUGCUCACACCAUUGCCAGCAUCCAUGUGUCUAAAGGAGACUGCAUCACAGAGAAGCAGUGCUACCCGCCUCCAAAAUGCCCAAAAAGCAACACACCUUUGUGAUCGUCCUCCUUCGCCACCAUAUGACUUUCCAGGAUUCAAAAGCCAGGAAAUCUUUAAACCAUAUGAAGUGCUGACUGGGAGCUACCAGUCACUGCCGCAUGGUGGAGAUGCUGAUACUAGGGAUACUACGGAUACUACCCAGUUCAUGUGUGGUUUCGCAAUGCCAACAAUCCACAGGCCAUCAGUUCUAGACGCUUCUCGCGAUAUUAAGCCUGAUCCGUCGGUAUCGUCCACUUCAAAUGAGGAUCCACUUAAAGCAGCUAAUGGCUUGUCAUCUAGCACCUCAGUUUCAGAGAUGGGCACUGAUCAACAAGAAUUCAAGGGAAUGGCCAGCUCUGAAGACCUGAGCAAGUCACACUUGAAGAGGCAUGCCCAGCAUGCAGGCAAACAUAGGGUCACCAAUGGCAUCAAGAGAUGCUCAGUGGUGCUUAUACCCUUGCCAGCAUCCAUGUGUGUAAAGGAGACUUCCACAGGAGACAGGAGAAGUGGUGCUGCCUGCCGCCUAAGUGCUCAUGGAGCAACACACAUUUAUGUUUGUCCACCUUCGCCACCAUAUGACUUUCCAGGAUUCAAAAGCCAGGAAGUCUUGAAACCAUAUGAAGUGAUGACUGGGGGUUACCAGUCACUGGCAUGUAUUGGAGAUGCUGAUGCUAAGGAUACUACGCAGUUCAUGUGUGGUUUGGCAAUGUCAACAAUCCAGAGACCAUCAGUUCUAGGUCCUGAUGUCGCGCAUGAUGUCAAGCCUGAUCCGCCGGCAUCGUCAUCUCCACGACUGGGCGUCGUCAGCGCUGUUGGUGGCUCGGCUGGGGUAUUAGACGCUCCUCAUGAUAUCAAGCCCGAUCCUUUGGCAUUGUCGGCUUCAGAUGAGGAUCUACUGAAAGAAGCUGAUGGCUUCUCAUCUCGCACGGCAGAUGCUGUUUUCUUGUGUUGUGAAUACUGCAAGUUCGAACGUUCCGAUCAAGAUGGUGUCUCAGAGCAAGUAAAAUGCCAGCACCAAGACAGGUCGCAUGGCUCGGCCUUUCCGGAUCAGCGGAUUGUUUCAAGCAAGCAUUGCGUGCAAAGUCAGGCUGAAAAGUCCGACCGCUCGAUGAGGUCAACAUUUUGCAACAUUUUGUUCGAGCGAAGCGAUACCACCGCGUUGCAUGCUCAGAUUCACACAGUCCGGAAGCCAACUGAUCACGGGAACCACGUCGACAGCAAACCGCUCAGGUGCAAAGUCUGUGGGGAGUUACUGAGAUGCCGUCGUAGUUUGACCGAACAUAGUCGGACGCACACUGGUGAGAAGCUUUCCAAUUGUGAGAUCUGUGGGAAGCUGUUCAGUCGACCUGGGCAGCUUAAUCGGCACCUCCGUACUCACACAGGUGAAAAUCCGUUCCGGUGUGAGGUCUGUGGGAAGGCGUUCAGUCGGCAUCAAACCCUGGAUAACCACCUCCGUACUCACACGGGUGAAAAACCGUUUAGUUGUGAGGUCUGUGGGAAAGCGUUCGGUCAAUUUGGGAGCCUUACUCGCCAUCUCCGGACUCACACAGGUGAAAAACCGUUCAGUUGUGAUUUUUGUGGGAAGGCGUUCAGUCUACGGGGGAGCCUCACUUACCACCUCCGGGCUCACACAGGUGAAAAACCAUUCAUUUGUGAUUUUUGUGGGAAGGCGUUCAGUCUACGGGGGGGCCUUACUGACCACCUCCGGACUCACACAGGUGAAAAACCGUUCAUUUGUGAUUUGUGUGGGAAGGCGUUCAGUCUACGGGGAGGCCUUACUCACCACCUCCGCACUCACACAGGUGAAAAACCGUUCAGUUGUGAGUUCUGUGGGAAGGCGUUCAGUCAAUAUGGUACUCUUACUUACCACCUCCGGACUCACACAGGUGAAAAACCGUUCAGUUGUGAGUUCUGUGGGAAGUCCUUCAGACUACAGGGGAGUUUUACUUACCACCUCCGGACCCACUCAGGUGAAAAACCGUUUAGGUGUGAGGUCUGUGGGAAGGCCUUCAUUGUACAUGGGAGACUAACUCAACAUCUCCGGACUCACACAGGUGAAAAACCGUUUAUUUGUGGUGUCUGUGGGAAGGCGUUCAAGCUGAACGGGAAUCUUACGGUCCACGUUCGGACACAUACCAAGGAGAAACUAUUAACUUGACCCAUCGGUAGAAGGUCAUCUACAUGUCGCGACAUGCGUUUGGUGUAGGGUCAAAUUAACCCCUGGAAUGUUUUUUUUUCUCAAAAUAACCCCAACUGUGGGGCCUAGCUGCGAUAUUUUUUCUGUAGACGUAGCUAAUGGAAGCCUAUGGGUAUCAUGGAAUAUAACUCCCCAGAAGUGAGCUGUCAUGCAGGCUUAUCUUUUUGGUGAAUUCGCCGUCUGUAAUCGUAUUAGUUAUUUACUAUACAUGUAGCCAAUAGAAUAGCCGAUCUUUUUGUGCUGAAAAUGAGUUGCAUUGUAGAGGCACGGGGUCGACACUCCGUCGUACGGGUCACCAAUAGGUGGCGCUAACGAAUGUUGUUUGGCGUGUGACAUGGUGCGUCGUGGGAGAACUGUGUGUGUCUGCAUAGCUUCGCUGCACUGUUAAUGUUGGGUAAUGAUAUGAGUGAUAUGCCUAUCACAGAACGGUUGCUAGUAUAGCUAUUGUUUGGCCGCUUAUGGCAUAUUGACUACCAUAACUAGGCAGAUGUUUGCUGCCGUCAAAUGAUGUAGUCGAACCGAGCCAUAUCGAUAAUAUAUUGUGCGCAACCUGA